GCGGGGCUAGAGCGAGAGCGCCCAUCCCGGCCGGAGCAGCCGAGCCGCGGUCGUCUCGGUCGAACUCGAACGCUGGUUGCUCGCUCGCCCUGCUCGUUCCCUCUCUUCUUCGGUCUGCAAGUCUCAGGGACGGAGGAGGGGCGGCAAGGCCCCAUGUGUGGGAGGAUUGCUUCAGCUUCACAAACUUGCACGGAUUUUGGUUGCUGCUUUGGCCAGUGGUUCUGCUCAGAUUUCUUCCGAAUAGUUGUAAACUCGCCAUUGUUCCCUGGCUGCUUACAAACUUGGAUCCGGAAUUUCUUUUCAACCGGGAGCCAUUUGUGUCGAAGUGUCUGCAAUGAACCCCGUGAAUGCUACUGCUCUCUACAUUUCCGCGAGCCGCCUAGUGCUCAACUACGACCCCGGAGACCCCAAGGCGUUUACCGAGAUUAACAGGCUCUUGCCUUACUUCCGACAGUCCCUCUCUUGCUGUGUUUGCGGACAUUUGCUACAAGAUCCUAUUGCACCCACCAACUCCACCUGCCAACACUAUGUCUGCAAAAGUUGUAAAGGCAAGAAAAUGAUGAUGAAACCUUCAUGUAGCUGGUGCAAAGACUAUGAGCAGUUUGAGGAAAACAAGCAGCUCAGCAUCCUCGUGAACUGCUACAAGAAACUGUGUGAAUAUAUAACCCAGACGACACUGGCGCGGGAUAUAAUAGAAGCAGUUGACUGUUCUUCUGAUAUUUUAGCGUUGCUCAACGAUGGAUCAUUGUUUUGUGAGGAGACAGAGAAACCUUCAGAUUCAUCCUUCACUCUGUGUUUGACACAUUCCCCUUUACCUUCAACCUCAGAACCCACAGCUGACCCUCAAGCUAGUUUAUCUCCAAUGUCUGAAAGCACCCUCAGCAUUGCUAUCGGCAGUUCUGUUAUCAAUGGUUUGCCUACUUACAACGGGCUUUCAAUAGAUAGAUUUGGUCUAAAUCUCCCCUCACCUGAACAUCCCAAUACGAUUGACGUGUGUAAUACUGUUGAUAUAAAAACUGAGGAUCUGUCUGACAGCCUGCCACCUGUCUGUGACACGGUAGCCACUGAUUUAUGCUCCACAGGUAUUGAUAUCUGUAGUUUCAGUGAAGACAUAAAACCUGGUGACUCCCUCUUGCUGAGUGUUGAGGAAGUCCUCCGAAGUUUAGAAACUGUUUCAAAUACAGAGGUUUGCUGUCCUAAUUUGCAGCCAAACUUGGAAGCCACUGUAUCCAAUGGACCUUUUUUGCAGCUUUCUUCCCAGUCUCUUAGCCAUAAUGUUUUCAUGUCUACCAGCCCUACACUUCAUGGGUUAUCAUGUACAGCAGCAACUCCGAAGGUAGCAAAGUUGAAUCGAAAAAGAUCCAGAUCUGAAAGCGACAGCGAGAAAGUUCAGCCACUUCCAAUUUCUACCAUUAUUCGAGGCCCAACACUGGGGGCAUCUGCUCCUGUGACAGUGAAGCGGGAGAGCAAAAUCUCUCUUCAGCCUAUAGCAACUGUUCCCAAUGGAGGCACGACACCCAAGAUCAGCAAAACUGUACUUUUAUCUACUAAAAGCAUGAAAAAGAGUCAUGAACACGGAUCCAAGAAAUCCCACUCUAAAUCCAAGCCAGGUAUUCUUAAAAAAGACAAAGCAGUAAAGGAAAAGAUUCCUAGUCAUCAUUUUAUGCCAGGAAGUCCUACCAAGACUGUGUACAAAAAGCCCCAGGAAAAGAAAGGAUGUAAAUGUGGGCGUGCUACUCAAAAUCCAAGUGUUCUUACAUGCCGCGGCCAACGCUGCCCUUGCUACUCUAACCGGAAAGCCUGCUUAGAUUGUAUAUGUCGUGGCUGCCAAAACUCCUAUAUGGCCAAUGGGGAGAAGAAGCUGGAGGCAUUUGCGGUGCCAGAAAAGGCCUUGGAGCAGACCAGGCUCACUUUGGGCAUUAAUGUGACUAGCAUUGCUGUGCGUAACGCAAGUACCAGCACCAGUGUAAUUAAUGUCACAGGGUCCCCAGUAACGACAUUUUUAGCUGCCAGUACACAUGAUGAUAAAAGUUUGGAUGAAGCUAUAGAUAUGAGAUUCGACUGUUAAAUCAGUGGGUCUUGAAACCUACCCCUGGUAGGAAAUAGCUACAGUUUUACGGCAGCUAUGGUUCUGUUGGUUUAACUUGCCGGAGCUCCUGCAUAUAGAUCACUUGUAUCAAGUGUUUUCAUUGCUAAGUUAUAUGUGUUAGUGUCGGGGAAAUAGUUUGCAGAUAAUGGAGGAGUAACCCUACAACUAUAUGUACUUAGUUCUUAUAGAAUCUCAUAGUUUGAGAACAAAUGCUGAUGCAACCGAUUUAUACAAAAUGAACUUUGGCAAGGAAAAUAACAAUAACCUCAUUGUUUAUGGUCAUGCUUUGUGCAUAAUCAAAGUUGAUGAUUAAAUGUAAGGAAGUGGUAUCUAGUCAGUCCAUAAAGAUUGUGCUUUUUUUUUUUUUUUUUUUUUUU